CCCAACAACAAGAGGAGAGGACGCGGGUCGCCGCCGCCGCCGUCCACAACACCACUUCUAUAACAUUUAAAUUUUCCACCAUAAUCAUAAUAGAGUGUAAAGUGAUCUGUUGCAGAGGUCGUCCACGACCAGGCGAGAUUUCAGAUACACUGCUGGAACAUGUGUAGGUGUCUUCAAGAGGAAACCCGGCUAGUACCCUUACCUCCUCCAAGUGCUGGGUCAUCUGGGCAGCCAGCAGCCUGGUUGACUAGGCAAGCACUAGACAAGCCUGGCCCAGGGCCAUGCUGUGAGAGUAUGAAGAAACUCAAAACCCAUCAAAGAUAAAAUAUGCUGCAAGAAUGAUGACACGUAUCGCAGCAUUAAAUGACUGGUCGGUGGGGAGCAGUGAAGAAGAGGACAUAGGACCUACACGAGAGGCCCUUGAGGCUGAGGCAACAAAGUCCUACAAUGAAGCUAUCAGAUAUCUUGCACAUGAAAAUCUAGAAGAAGCUCAUAAACACUUCUGUCAAGUCCUUCAAAAUCCUUAUAUUGAGAAAGCGUGCUGGUCAGAAGGCGUUAAACCAGGAGGCACACUACCACAGGAUCUAGCACUACGAUACUCAUGCCUCAAAAACCUUGGUAAUCUUGCCAGUAAACAAGGAAAGGAUGAUGAGGCAGCCAAAUAUUACUUGGAGGCUGUACAAGUAGAUAGUUCAGAAGUAAUCCUUUGGCAGAGACUUGGAGCCACAGCAAUCAAAUUGAAGGACUUUGAACUUGCAUUAGUUGCAUUUCAAGAAGGCCUUAAUGUCAAUCCAAAACACUGGCCAUGCUUGGACCAGUUGCUGUCAGUUCUUUUUAUUCUUGAAAUGUACAUGGACUGUCUUGGGCUAGUAAUUUCUGCUCUUGCUCGAGAUCCUGGCUACAUUAAAGCCAAUGCAUUCAAGGACAGAAUAUUUGAACUUCAACCCUCGCUUGUAGAAGAUGUCAAGUUCUUUUAUCGUGACAGCUCGGUUCUCUUCAAAGUGGUUGAUUAUGACAAAACCAAAGGAGAGAAAUUUAUAGCAACUUGUGAAUCAUUACGUCCUCCAAGUAAAACUCUACGACCUCCAUCCCCCUUCCAGCUGCAACGGCUAAGAAAACCCAUGUCAAAGCUUUCAUGGGUAGACCUUGGACAAGCACUUGUACUCACCUAUGAUCAUCUUGUAGAGGCUGAUGGAUUAGAAUUUGCAGCAAGAAUUGAUGUACACGAUGCUUUGAAACCAAAAGUUGAAGAUACAAGUAUGGAAAUCGGUAAUGAAGGGAAAAAUGCUGGCCAUCCAAGUGAUGCUAACACUGACAGAGAAACAGUAAAAGAAAAUUUGAAUGAGGGAAGAAAGGAAGCAAGUUUUGAAACUGGAGAUAAAAUGGGUACGGAUACCGCCAAUAAAGUAAACAAAGAAAAGAAUGAUUAUUUAAAAAAUGGAGAGGAGAAUAAUCCUGAUAACAAAUACCAAGAUGACAAAGGAGAAGAUAAAAUUGAAAGUAACAUGGAUCAUGAAAAAAUGGGUAGUGAAGAAAAACAGAAUAUAUCUACACCAAAGCUUUCUGAAGGAUUACAGGAAAGUCCACCUCGUAUUUCUAGCCGUCGGUGUACAAUUGAGCUUGGUGAAAGCCAAGAUUCAUUUAGAGUUGGUGAAAAGAGAAGAUCGAUAGAUAGUGACACAUUUUCUCGGCCAGAUGAUGAUUUAAAAGGAAGCGAAGAUGAAGGCAGUGCACAACAGAAAUUAAUCACUGUUAAGGAAUCCUCCACUCAGCUUUGUUCUUCUAAAGUAGCAGAGAUUUCAGAAGACCAGUUUGAAAAAGAGAGUUCCAUAAAGAAAAAGGAUGCAAAUUUUGAUUGUAUUAUUAAGACUACCGAGACACAAUGUACAGGAAUGGAAGACCCAAACAGUAAGGUUCUAAAUACUUCUGUAGAGUCGGAAAAUGAUUUCCAAGGCUUUACUAAUAGCCCAGCUCAUGAAGACAGAGUUCAAAAGUUAGCUAAAGAGUCCCACACUCUAGAUAUUAUGGCAAAGAAGGAUAAUGAUGUACAUAAGUGUAGAGGAUCUGAUAAUGUAAUAUUGAGUAUGGGUGUUCAAAGGAAUAUAUUCCCAGAAGAAGGGAGUACGAGAGAAAAGGGUGAAAUAUCAAAAAGCUUAUAUAAAGAAGUAGUACAUGAUGACAGUGUCAGGGCAGGUGCUGUAGAUAAUCCAGGAGAACUUUGUUCACCAGAGAAGGAUGUUCAUGAUGAAGUCAACUUGAAAGAGUGUAAGGAAAUUAGAAGCAAAAAUGAUUCAGGUGUACCACAGGAACUUGAAAAGGCAAAUGUGAAUGCCAACGUUUGUAACAUAACAGAUGUUGGACUCAUUGGAAAGGAUAAUGAAAGGAUGCAAGUGGCAAAGGAUAACAGACUGACAGCUGAGUCACAUAGUGAGGAGGGGGCUCUUUCAUGUGAAGGUUCUGAGCAGGAAGAUGAAGAUGCUGAAGAAAUGAUAGAAGACAAAAAUGAUGACAGAGAUGAAGAAUUAGAAGAACCUGAAGAGGGGGAAGAUUGUGCAUCAAGAGAAAAUGAAAUGUUACAGGAAGAAGAGGAAGGUUUGGAGGAGGGUGGAACAGUAAGUUCAGAGGUGACUGAAACUGAAGCUGCUGUAAAUGCUCUGAAGGGUAUUAUGGCUCUUCAGCCCACUGAAAUAUUAGGACUCCCUGAAACAGAUUUUGACUAUGAUAAUGAAUAUGAUGAAUAUUUUGAUGGAGGAGUGUAUGAGGAAGAUGAUGAUGAUAUGAUUCAGGAAGAAGGUAUGGAUGCUGAAGAUGGACUGGAUCAAGAAGAUGGGAUGGAACAAGAAGAUGGAAUUGAUCAAGAUGCUAUAGACCAGGAAGAUGUAGAUCAGAGGGAAGGAAUUGAACAAGAUUGUGUAGGUCAUGAAGGAAUUGAACAAGAUUGUGUAGGUCAUGAAGGAAUAGAACAAGAAGAGGAUUUAGAACAAGAAGGAAUGGAGCAAGAAGAAAGAACUGAACAGGAAGAUGAUAUAGAGCAAGCAGAACAGGAAGGGACAGAACAAGAAGGGAUUGAACAAGAAGGGACCGAGCAGGAAGGGACCGAGCAGGAAGGGACCGAGCAGGAAGGGACCGAGCAGGAAGGGACCGAGCAGGAAGGGACCGAGCAAGAAGGGACCGAGCAGGAAGGGACCGAGCAGGAAGGGACCGAGCAGGAAGGGACCGAGCAAGAAGGGACAGAACAAGGAACUGAACAAGAAGGAAUUGAACAAGAUGGUACAGAUCAAGAAGGGACAGAGCAAGAUGGUACAGACCAAGAAGAAGGAACAGAACAAGAAGGUGUAAACAAUGAAGAUAUUGAUCAAGAAGAUGAAGUAGAGCAAGACAGAACAGAUCAAGAAGAUGAGAUGGACCAGGAAGGGACAGAGCAAGAAGAGGAGAUAGACCAAGAAGGUAUAGGACAAGAAGAGGAUAAUCAGGAAGAAACUUCUGAACAAGAAGAGGAUGCAAAUGCAUUAGAUGAAGAUUUAGAGGAGCAAGAUGAAACAGAAAGGGAAGGGGUAGUUGAAACGGAAGAAGAUGGAGAUAUUGAAGAAGAGGAUGAGGAAGAAGGCCAAGAGAAUGAGAUCCAAGAAGUAGAAAAUACUGCUGAUAUACACAAACAGAUGAAAAAGACUCAUGAAGUUACAGGAGGUUUAGGAAUAGAGAAAACAGACAAUGAGGGUGAUAAUGUGCACCUAAAAAGCAACUCUGGUAUGAUAAACAGUUUACCAAAGGAUAAUAGUGAAAGAGUUAAAGUAAGUAAAGAUUCAGAGGAAAAGAAAAGCAGUAGUUCUCAAAAUGGGCAAUCAGACACAGUAGAUGAAAUUACAGGAGCUGAAGCUUCAGAUAAAGCAGAAGAAUCACAGUCACAAAUAAGUGUUGGGAAUAAGAGAAAAUCCAAGCGUCAUAAGCGAGGCUUAGAGAGGGAGCUAGAGCAGCUUGAUUAUUGGGGUAGGCGUCAGGAACGUGAUGCCAAACGGCGCAGGCGGACAAUCUCGUCAAAGCUGUUAGGAACUGUUGAAGAGGCAGAGUACUUAACCUGGGCAGAUCUCUUUCGAAGCUUUGUGCCGACAUCGCUUCUGGAUAGCAACAGUGAUGAUAAGACCAACAAGAAGGAGCUUCAGCAAAAUACUUGUCCAGACAGAAGCAUCAUUUGUAAAGCCACUCAGCACAGUAACCCUGGUCAGCCUGCAGAUAAUAGUGAGAAAGGCAGCGUUUGUGAUGUUGGUUCAACAGCCAAAAAUUCUGAAAUGGAUCUUGAUACACAGAAGAGGGCAAACAUCACAGAUCUGGAUGUUAGUAAAAUUAAAGAAGAAAAUGUAGAAGGAAGACCUGAAAGUGAAGCCCACAAUAAAUAUACUGACAAAGAUAAAUGUAAAGACAGUAAAACAGAGAUCAAGAAAAUGAGAGAUGUGGAUAUCUUAUCUUCUGCAACAGAGGAAGCACAGGUUGAAGCCUUUCUGUUGCGCCAUGAGGAGAAUGGAGGCAUUCUAGAUUUAAGUCAACAAUUUUUGCAGAUCCUUUUUCACAAACAUGGAAAACUGUGGCCUUUAGCAGCAGCAAAAAUGUUCAUUGAAAUCUACCCUCGGGUCAGAAAUCACGUGUGUCAUAGACCAGUUUUGAAUCUACAGGAAAACCGAACUCUACUUUACCAGGAUUCCAUCCUUUCCCUCACUCACUGGGAGCUUGCAGUGAGCCUUUACCAAAUCUCCAAGAUAAAUACUAGCAUUGUCAAGGACUGCCAGCAUUUGGAGGAUGAUAUGGUUCAUCUUACGCUCAUGCUUGGACGGGGAGAUGUAUGGGUAGAGGAAACUCCAAACUUUCAUACAAGACUACGCUGGCUUCAGGCCCAGAUAAAGCUUUCUCAAGAAGAACCUGAGGAGGCUGUUUUGUAUCUAGAACUGCUUUUAGCUGACCUCAACCGGUUAGUUGAUGCUGAGAAGGAAUACAUUGUUGACUGUGCUCGAAUAGAAGCUGACCCAACAGUUGUGUCAAAUUCAGAAGUCAAACGCCAGCUUAACUUCUUGCAACGUUCACAGAUGCUGGAACAAGUUGUUGGUAACUAUACAGAUGGGCAUUACCAAGUUGUAGUGGAUCUGCUGACAGCCAUAUUCCACGAGUCCCCUCCAAAACCUCGGCCAGGUGUUACAUUACCCACCAGACAGACACAGUUAGCCAUUCUUAUCGACUCCCUGUACAAGCUUAAGAAUCACAAGGAUGUUAUUGUAUGGGGCUCCCAAUCUUUGACUGAAGCUUUAUACCGCUAUAACCGAGCUGAAGCAGAGGAAGAGAAAAACAGAUGGGCAAAAACUUUGAUGAAGAUCUGUGAUACUAUUAACACAACAUUGGAGAAAAACAUGAAUGCCGUGUGUGAUAUAAAAUAUGAGCGAUUGGUAGAGCUAGUUUCAACAUUAAUCCAGAUGCUGGUGGUUCAACUAGACCGACCACAAAAUGCUCAGGUCUUGCCAUUUGAAACGCUUACCCCAUGGAUUCUACUUCAUCGACUUUUAGCACAUGAGGAACGUCUUCAAAAGCAAAGUGAUACAAAGACAGACAUACAAGAGGGUAAAGAGAAGCAGAUGAUGCCAACAACUGGAGGUGAGCUUAGCACAAUGCAGCAGAACCUAACAAAAAUUGUCAAUGGUUCGGGGUUUGGGAGUGAAGGCAGGGAAAAACCUCGAAGGAUGAACCAAGAGAGAGCCAGUCAAGAAGUCCCUGCCGAAAGCAAAGGGUCAAGACUUCCUUACCCAUCAACCCUUUUCCUCAUCACAGCUCAUGAUGAGCUUGGCAAACACUCUUGGUGUUGCUAUGAUGAUGGAAUAUUUUUGCUUUACUGUCUGAAUGUGUUGCUAGUGGAGCUGCGAAGACCUCUUGAAGACCAGCAUCAACAAUUAUUGCACCAAACUCUAGAACAAGUAUCAUUCUGUCUCUACUCACAUCCAUCAAAAAAAUCCAAGCAUAAACACCUGCGUGAUCAUGGAGCAUCUCAAAUAACCUUUAGUUGGGAACGAGCAUUACAACUAUACCAGUACUACUGUCCCAAUCAUCUGCCUGACUUCCAGUCUUCACAGAUACCAUCUAUUACUGAUGAUGUAGCCACACUUCAUAAAAGGAUCAUUGCUUUGCUACCAGAAGAGGUCAAUCCAGAAAAUCACACUUCUCGUGUAGAGGCAUAUAUCAGUGGGGAGCAGACAGAGUGUAAUUACACCCCAGUUAUAUUACCCUCAGAUAUUAUACGUGAUUGUUUUUAUUUGUUGGGUGACUAUUAUUUUAAGAACAAGGAAUGGACAAAUGCAAUAAAGUAUUACAAGCUAGAUGUUACCAUGAAUCCUGAUCGAUUAGAUUCAUGGGCUCCACUUGGUCUUGCCAUGAAGGCCAUGUUAGAAACACAACUUAACUCCUGUGAAGUCAUCCAGGAUGAAGAAGAUUUCUUCUCACUUGCUCAGACAGCUGUAAGAUGCCUUAAACAGGCUCUGAAGCUAGAUGAGUAUCACACUAAUCUUUGGGUAGAAUUUGGAGGUUUAGUGUACAUGGUGCACUCUCAUGCUUCAAGACUCCUUAAACAAGAUCUCAAUCCUGAUAUCAGUCUUGAAACUUUCCAAAUGCUUGAAAAAUUGAAAGGUGAAAUGCUAGAUCAGGCUGAACGGUGCUUCACACAGGCACUGAAAAUUCGGGAAGAAGGUUGGGAUGAUGAAAAUUUACCUGAUGAGAGAUGGCUUUACUGUUACAUGCUGGGAAAAGUAGGAGAGAAGAAAGGCAAGUCAUCAGAGACAAUAUUACAGUAUUACCUUAAAGCUGGUAGAUAUUUACAUGAGCAACAGGCUAAAUAUCCCACCAAAAUUAAUUACAACAGUCCUCAAGAGUAUUCAGUGGAAGCACUCGAAAUGUAUUAUCGUCCUCAUGCAUAUAUCCUAAAAUAUUUACAGCAGAGAGAAGGUAAGAGUGUGGAAGAAGAAACUGUUAAAUUCUUUACUAAAAUCCUUGAUGAGCUAGCUGCUGGAGCUUUUGCUUCUCGUCAAGAAAAGAAGAAAAUUAGCGAUGAAGUCAAUGAGAAGCUUGAAAACAACUUGCCAAGCCAAGAUACUUCACCUAAUAAGAGAUCAUUAGAUGACCAAGAGAAUGAAAAGGAAUCUCCAUUUAAGAAAGUGGCUGGUAAUGGUAUUAACAGUCAUGUUGCUGGUGUGAAAGAUGCUGCUAUUGAUAAAGCUGGUGAAACACUUUCAAAAACCAACCAAUGCAUGGAAGACAAAAAUACAGAAACAAGAGAUAAUAUACAAGCAAGUGGGGAUAAUUCUAGUUUAAGAAAAGAAACAAAUACCAUUCUUGUUACAUCUCCAGAGAAAGAUAAAAGAGAAAGUGAUGAUGAAAUUCAAGUAGUGGAAGAAAAAGUAAUAGAGAAGAAAGAUCAUAUGAAUGUUAUUGGAAGAUGUAUCACAGCUCUUAAACUCUGUUUAUCAAGAUUUCCAGAAAAUUACAAAGCUCUCUUCCGCUUGGCAUAUUAUUAUAAUACCUCCAAAUUCCAUAAGGACUGCACCCGUUCCCGAAACUAUUUACUAGGGUGCGAGUUCUGGCAGAGAGUGCCAUAUAUGCCAGUCAAUGGGCUUUUUAAUGAACGUAAAGUGUGGAUUCAACAACCCAAAAAUUGUAACUUUUUCCAUGGUGUCUGGCGAAUUCCAAACGAUGAAGUUGACCGUCCAGGAAGUUUUGCUUCUCAUAUGUAUCGGUGUGUGUCUCUGACCUUGGACGUGUUACCCCAGAUAAAAGACUUUUAUACAAUUCUACAAAUAGCUCUUGCUCUUAAAAAUUCACCUGAAAAGGAUAAAAAAUACCUGCGGGAUAAUGAGCGUGAAUUGUUAUCAGAACAUGCCACUCAAGUUGGCUUGCAAGCAAUGAAAGACAAAUACAAAUGUUUAUUCAAAAGUGCUUCUCCAGUGCAUGGCAAUCGUCGUCUUGCAUUCCUCCUUGAUGUAUAUCGAUCAUACAAACAAAUUAGCAGGCACUUACCAGGUUCUGAACCCCAUUUAGCCAAGAUGCUUACUGAAGCGUAUUGUUCCUAUAGAGGAAUGAAGCUAGAUAAUCGUUCGAAUAUAUUAAGGGAGGCAGAUGCCUUCUGCACUAGAAAUCAAUACUUCCAGCACCGCACUGCACCAAUUGCUACUAGUAACCAGGUUAAUAUGAAUAGCAAUACAGGAAUUAGUGGAACUUCACAGAUGUCACGCAGAGGUCGAUUUUCAGGAACAGGACGAGGACGAGGCUUCAUGUAUCCUGUUCGACAGUCAUCCAAUAUGACAGCUAUACAAGAAGCCUACAAAAUAUAUGAGAAUUUAAUUCAGGCACAGACACUAUUAAAUAACAAAGAUCUUGAUCAUGGCAGUAUUUAUACUCAUCAAAAGCAAUUAGAAUAUUACCAAGCAGAACUCUUAAAGUACUUGCGCAUUCCAAGUGUUUCUCAGUACUUUCAAGCUUCCUUGCAAGGCCUGGGAACCGCAACAACCAAGUUACCACCACCACCCAAGACAACAGGCACUCCUACUAGUAGUGCUCUCUCUGCAGGAGGUACAUUUGGUCAUCAAGGUGCCAAAACCACUAUGCAAAUGUUAUCUACAACUGCAAAUCACACAGCUCAGUCUAUUCAGCCUGGUCAAUCAAGGCCUGCACUAAAUGCCCUAGCAGCCAGGUCUCAAGCUCAUGGCAUAUCCAUUACCUCUGUUUCAGCUUCAAAAUCUACCACCUCAGUAACAAGUAAGCCUUUGAAGCCUAAUAUGACAGUUACUGUCAGUCCUGCUAAACCAUCUUGCUCAUCAGCACUACAGGAUCAUGACGAAAUUUCUGUAGUAUCUGUGUCUCACCCUAUUAUGUCCAGUAGACCUUCACCAGCCUCAGGAAUAUCUAAACCAGUAUCCACUGUAACAUCUAAAGUAACAACUACCACAACAUCUAAACCAGCAACUACCUCACCUUCUAAACCAACAACCCUUAUAUCAAAAUCAUCAAUCUCUGCAUCUAAACCAGAAACCACUACAUCUGAACCAGAUACUGUCACUUCUAAACCAGAUACCACCACAUCCAAAUCAGAUACCAUGCCAACUAAGCCAACUUCUUCUACAACAGAAUCUCCUACCUCGACAGUGCACAGGCCAACACCCAUCAUGUCAACAAACACACCUUUACCUAAAACAGUUGUCAGUGAAAGCACCACUGUUACUGUAAACACUUCCAGGACUACUGAUUCUGCAGUUGUGAGCUCUGUACCCAAAUUACCAGUUGGAACCACACUCUCUCGUCCACGGCCACAGCUUCAGGCUCAGGCUCGUCCUGUGAAAAGCCCAGUGUCUGAUUCUGUUGUAACCCGACCAAGUACUACCAUUAGUAGUACAAAGCAUGUAGCUUCUGGGCAGGUUAGUAAGCCAUCUUUAUCUAAAGAUAUAAUAAUAACCCCUGCACCAAGAGUUAAGAGCCAUCCCAAGCCACUUGUAUCUGUUAGUAAGACAGCAUCACCAUCAUCCUUUUUAGGAGCUUAUCAGGCAUCACUUGGGUUGGGAGGCAACAAAGCUCCAUCGGGAAGGGCUGGAGGUUCUAACAGCUCUUGCAGUGCUCGGGCAGUAACAGGAUCUGAGAGACAAAGCUCAUCUCUCCAACUCAAUAAAUCAGUUGUACUAAACACUUCACAGCUGAUGGAGCUAGCUUAUACCAGAGGAGCUUCAGGGAAUAUAUCAGGACUAUUAAAUCAGUAUAGUAAGACACAGCCAGUGAGAGGUCAAUCUCGGCCACAGGGUUCUGUACUGCAUCAGUCGCAGCCAUCUGUGCCUCAGCGUUCACAAGCAUCAUCCCAGAGGCAACAGCCUUCAGUACCUCAAAGACCACAGUCUCUAACAUCUCAACGACAGCCUGUAGCAUCUCAACGACCACAGGCUAGCACCUUGCAGAGAUUCCAACAGCCUAGAACUGUUCAGCAAACCAGACCAUCUCAGAUAAGGCAGUCUCCAUCCAAACCAAUACAGAACAAGCCUAGCCAGGGUCAAAGUGGAUCAUCAGAAGAUAUUAUUACUUUAGAUUGAAGAUUUACAUAAACGGUUACUAUGGUAUCUUAAUGUCCAUUUCUUUAGAAUGAAAGUUAGUGUCUAAAUGUCAGUAAUAAUUUACUACAAGAAAGUAUAUAACUCAAAAAUUGAAGUUACAUCAACAUUGAAGUUGUGCAUUUCCUUUGCAGAUAACUGUGGGUUAAGCACAAUUUGUGAACAUCAUAAUAAUGAUUUGUAAAUAAUUUAAAAUGCUUUUAGUAAUUCUGCAUAGAGAUAUGUUAAUAAAAUUAACUAUUUGAACAACUUUAGUGUUUAAAAGAGAAAAAAUAUCUUAAAAAUAGGAUAACUCGAGUUAAAAGACUAAAAAAAAUUAUUUUCAUCUAUAAGGAAUGUACUGGAUUAUAUUUUCAGUACACUGUAUCUUUAAUGUGUUCAUGUAUGGUUUCUUGCUGAAAGAUUAGUUAUUAACUGCAAAAUUUUAUAUAGAUUUUAUAAUUUCUUUGAGAUGCUCCUGAAAUUUUUAUUGCAUAUAGUAAAAGUAAGAUUGCCAUAAAUACUAUUAGAAGUACGUACAAGAGACUUGAAAAUAUAGAGGGAAUGUAGCAGAGUGUAUUGGUGCCAACCCAUUUAUAUGGGUUUAAAGCAUGGGGUUUUGAAUACUGAAGUGAGGAGGCAGAGGCAGCAGAGAUGCCAUGUUUGAGAGGAGUGUGUGAUGUUAAUAUCAUGCAAAGCUUUUGCAGCAUAGAAAUUAAAAGGUAUUUAUGAGAUUACCAAGGGAAGGCUGAGGAGUUGUUAAGAGGUGGUUUGGGCAUGUAGAGAGGAAGGAAAAGGAUAGGUUGAUGAAGAAGGUAAAUAAAUGUGGUUCGAGGUGAGGGGUAUGGGUUAUCUCUAAUAAUUGGAAGGAAUGGGUAAAAGGGGUUUUGAGUUUUAAGGCCUUGAACAUCUAGCAGGCAUGUGUGAGUGUUAAAAGGAUAGGAGUAAAUGGAGAUGAGCAGUUUUUAACAGAUGUGCUAUUGGAGCAUGAGCAAGAUAACUUUUAUGAAGGGAUUCAAGGGAAACCAGUUAGCUGGACUUGAGUCCUGAAGCUGGGAAGGGCAGUGUAUGGUAUUCUCACCGCACAGUGGUCUUAAAUAUGACAUCUCCCCUGCCUCUAGUUAAAACCCAUGCCUCGCACCAAUAUAAAAGUGUCGGUACCACUGUACACUGGUACAUUUAUUGUCUUCAAGGAUUAACUUACUUUCAACAGAUGUCUCAACACACCACUCACUUUAUUUCCCCUUCGUCUGAUAAUUUUUUAUCGACCCAUCUCCUGGCAUGGCCACUCCCAAAUAUCUGACAUUCAAUUUAUCAUAGACUUUUUGUUACGCUCAUCACUUUGUUUUCUAUACGUAUUCACUUUUAACUUGUUUUACAUACCCCUCUCAAUAUAAUGACUAAUAAUAUAAAUACUACCGUACUCUUACAGAAAUAGCUAUGAGAGGAAACUCUGCAGAUUUCUUGAGGGGCUGGCAAGUAACAGGGUGUAAGUACCAGUUUUAGAUAAAUGAGAAAACGUUUUCAAAAUUUGCAAGUCAUGACUCGUAAACAAAUAGAUAUUUGGAUCAGUCAGAUUGUGCUUUAUAGGACAUCUCAUUAGCUGAUUUGUCUGUGAGUUUCAUGUAUGUAUGCUUAAUAGGGCAUGAAUUAUCACAUAAGUUAUUGCAGUGUCAUUUUUUGUACUUGUAUUAGGACCAGUUUAAAUGAUUUAGGUCAUUUUAAGUACAUACUGUAACUGGUAAUGGGAAAACACUUGGAAACAUGUUAGUGUGUUGAAGGACAAGAUUGACCCUUACACCCAUUUUGUUUGCUGGUACUUUUCUGCCAUGUUUAUCACCAGUGGGGCUUUUAAUCAUUCUCUUUCUUUACUGCCAUUCUCACUCUUUUCUCACUAAUUCUGAUAGACAAAAAUCAUAUCGGACACUUUGUAUUCAUUAUAGUUGUCAGAGAUUUCUCAGACCAGACACACCAUUUUAAGGUCAGGAUGCUCAUCACCUGCAAGGUGAUUUUAGAUCAUAAUUCAUCGACAGUUUAUGCUUCAGUCCCUCCACCACAAAAUAGUACGAACAAAACGAAACAUAAGAAUCAUUUACGGCUGUGUGGAGCUUACGCCCUUUUAUUUGCCAGCACCUUGUUUAAUGUACUACUUUAUGACCCAGGUUGUAAUAGACAUGUUGACUUGCAUGUGGCAAGUCAGGGCUAUGCUACAAAAGUUAAAAAAAAAAAAAAAAAAAAAAAGCCAUAGGUAUAUGCUAUAUUACUACAUGUCUAAAUGCAAUGUUAUAACAAAUAUGACUUGUACGUAUUUGUAAAUAAUAACUGUAAGAUAAGAUC